CCGUUUUGAAGUUGGGACACUCCCUUCCUCUUCAACAAACAACUGUAUAGCGCAGUGCAGUGGAGGGCUGAAGGGUCCCAAGAAAGACAGGAAUGCUGAAUCAGUGGAAAUAAAAACCAGGAGAGGCCAGACUAGAUUCUAUGAAAUUGUCACUGGAACAUCUGGACGGCAUUACAGACCUGCAGAGCUAGCCAAGAAUCGGAGAUGGAUAAACAGGAGUGCGUGUGUCUGCCGAAGCUGUCCCGUGUGGCUGUGUGUGGAGGGACCCAUGGGAACGAACUGUCAGGGGUCUAUUUAGUCAAAGAGCUGAUGAAGAGGAGACCACAGGAAGAUGAUGAAGAUAGAAACCAGCCCAUCCUUGUGUUGUCCAACCCUAGAGCCACGCAGAAGUGCCUUAGAUACAUAGAGGUGGACCUGAACCGCUGCUUCUCACACGACGCCCUGAACUCUCCUUUAUCCGAUAGUACUCCAUAUGAAGUAAUCAGGGCCCACGAACUCAAUACUCAGCUUGGUCCCAAAGGCAGCCCAGACUCUGUGGACCUUGUAUGCGACCUUCACAACACCACAGCCAAUAUGGGGCUUUGUUUAAUCUCUUUUUCAGAUUCAGACUGGAUUUCCAUGCACAUAUUUAAACAUCUACAGCAGUGUAUUCCCGAUAUACCAAUGAGAUACAUUCAUUUUGAUCUGCCAUCGGAUGAAUCUUACUCUCUGGAUUCAGUAGGCAAACAUGGUUUUGCAAUAGAAAUCGGCCCCCAGCCCCAUGGUGUAGUGAGGUCCAAUGUCUACACAACAAUGAAAGAUGCAGUAGAGCACAUGCUUGACUGGGUCCGUUUAUUUAACUCAGGAACAGUUUUUGAAGGAGGACCUGUUGAUGUGUUCACUCUGGUAAAACACAUAGACUACCCACGAGACUGUAAUACUCAUGAUGUUAUAGCUGCCAUUCAUCCGCAACUCCAGGAUAAGGACUUCUGCCUUCUCAAUCCUGGAGACCCUGUUUUCCAGACUUUCUCAGGUGAAACUACAACAUACAAUGGGAGUGAAUCUCUCUAUCCUUUCUUCAUAAACGAGUGUGCCUACUAUGAAAAAGGCAUUGCUUUCUCUUUGUCAAGAAAGAGGUGUGUAAAAGUUCCCACUGUCUGGAUGCAUCAGGACCAGAGCAACAAGCUUUGACAGAAAAUGCUCGUGACAGUGUCCUGAAAACAAAGGUCAGAAA